AUAAGAUAGGGAACACAAAGCAGGAGAGAAAAAAGGAGUCAGAUGGAGGUGGAACGAGUCCAAGCCAUUGUUUCUUCAUCUCUAGCUAAAGACAAUAUCCCACUAGAGUUUGUUCGACCCGAAGAUGAACAACCUGCAAUUACAACAUUUCAUGGUCUCAUCCCUGACAUCCCUGUUAUCGACUUCAACCACCCUGAUCAGGAUCAUAUCAUCCAUUUGAUUGCCAAUGCUAGCAGGGAUUGGGGGAUAUUCCAGGUUGUGAACCACGGGAUACCCUUUCAUCUAAUUCAGAAACUGCAACAAGUUGGAAAGGAGUUCUUUGAUCUCCCUCAGGAAGAGAAAGAAGUGUAUGCUAAGCCACCCGGUGCACUCACCCUUGAAGGCUAUGGAAGCAAGAUCGGGAAAGAUGUUAAUGGAAAGAAGAACUGGGCUGAUCACCUUUUUCAUAAGAUAUGGCCUGCUUCAUGCAUUAACCACCAGUUUUGGCCCAAAAAUCCUCCUUCUUACAGACCAGUGAACGAGGAGUAUGCACAGGAGGUGAGGAAGGUGGUGGAUAAACUGUUCAAAUGGCUGUCAAUGGGGCUAGGGCUUGAAGCAGAUGUUUUGAAACAAGGAGUAGGAGGUGAGGAGAUUGAGUAUUUGAUGAAGAUAAAUUAUUAUCCGCCAUGUCCACGCCCUGAUCUUACCCUUGGGGUAACAUCCCACACUGAUCUUUCUGCCAUGACUGUGUUGGUGCCCAACGAGGUCCCUGGAUUGCAGGUCUUCAAGGAUGGCCAUUGGAUCGACGCCAAAUAUAUCCCCGGCGCCCUUAUUAUUCACAUUGGCGACCAAAUUGAGAUACUAAGCAACGGGAAGUACAAGGCGGUGCUGCAUCGAACAACAGUAGACAAGGAGAAAACGAGGAUGUCAUGGCCCGUAUUCUUGGAGCCUCCAGGGGAAUUUGUCGUUGGCCCACUUCCUCAACUCCUUGAUCCCCAAAUUCCUCCUAAAUAUAAGCCUAAGAAAUUCAAGGACUAUAGUUAUUGUAAAUUUCACAAACUACCCCAGUACUGAACCCAAAUUGCACGCCCUAUUAUUUUUCCUUUUUUCUUUUUUUGUACUACGUAGUAAUAAUUGUGUGCUGUAUUUCGGCCAAAAUAGAAAUUUGUGUGAGGGUAUGCCCUAAGGUUUAACUAUUUUCUUAUAUGCAAUAAAAGUUUAUAUUUGAUGUGA